GCGCGUGCCGGAAGCCUGCGGGAGUGACGGUUGGCGGCGGCGGCGGCGGCUUUGCCUUCCUUUCAGCCUCGGGAAAGCGGAGAGGAGAGCGAGAGGAGGCGGCGGCAACGACAACAACGGCGUUUGGGAAACCUCACCGUCGGGCUCGGGGGUGGUGUGAAUAUUUCAUGCAGAAGGCUUGAAGAGAGUGGGAGAAUGGCACAGGAUGGCAUUUAUUAUUACAGAUUACCUGCUGUCAGAUUCAUCCCACUCAUUAAUUUUAUCCUGUUUAUGGAUGGAAUAUCUACCAUCAUCCUGUGGAUUUUAGGUGGUCGGACUCACUAUUUGGAAAAUGACGUCCUUCACUGGUGCUUCUGGCGGUCCACCUUUGACCUCACAGCAUUUUGCACAAUGAAGACUUGUAUCCUGAUAGUUCUGUACCUAACAAUGGAAUCAAUUGCGUUGAAGCAGAUUGAUGAUCUGAACAACACAAACCUGAAAAGGAAGAGGGAAAUCUUGCACCUGGUUAGCUUUGUGAUCUCUGGGCUCUGGGUUGUGUAUACUUUGGCCAAAGGAAUUACUGUUCUUGUAAAGCAAAGUUACUCUGAGAUGCACCUAACUUUCAAAAUUGUCUGCAUCUCUACCCUGGUCUUCAGCCUGAUUGAGUUCCCUUUCUGCAUUUUGUGUAACAGGUUCCUCCGGAGGUUGCAGAUCCUACGCAUUGUCCACAGCAUUGAAGAGGAAAGGACUCGAAAGAGUAAAGCUGAUCUAAAGAGACUCUUCUCUUUAGCGAAAGAUGAAACAUGGCUCUGUGUCGGAGGGCUGCUGGCACUCGUCGCCUCCUGUGUGUCACAAGUCGUUGCUCCUUACUUCUUUGGCAAGGUCAUUGAUUCGGCUAUGGACUCGAUGGAUGCUCUUGACAAAAUGAUUCUCAUCCUGUUUGGAAUUUAUGUCGGCGGUGCUGUGUGCUCCUUUAUCCGAGCCUAUGUUUUUGUGCUGGCAGGACAUAGGCUGGUGGCUCGACUCCGCAAAAGGCUCUUUGGUAACAUUGUGAGGCAAGAAAUUGCAUUCUUCGAUGAGAACAGAACAGGGGAACUAACCAAUCGGCUGUCAUCCGAUACCCAGAUGAUUCAGAAUGCUUUGACAGUAAAUCUGUCAAUGUUGCUGCGAUACACGAUUCAGAUAAUUGGCUCUAUAGUUCUGAUGUUUGUUGUGAGCCCAGCACUGACUGGAGUGUUACUCGCUUCUAUCCCGGUUGUUGCAAUUGGAGCAGUUUUGUACGGAGAGUUUAUGAAGCGAUUGCGGAAGAACUUCCAGGAUGAGCUGGCAGCUGUUGGGGUGACGGCAGAGGAGACCAUUUCCAGCAUCCGAACCGUGAGGACUUUCUGCAGCGAAAGGAAAUCCGAAGACUUCUACUGCAAGGGAAUCAAUCAAAGUUACCAGAUAGGAAAACGCCUGGCACUGGCAGAAGGGUCGUUCAAUGGGCUGGUGCUGACCAUCUCUCAGGGUGCAGUUGUGCUUGUGCUGUGGUACGGAGCCAAACUCGUUUAUGAUGGAAGACAUAACAAGCCUGGGAUUUCAUUUGGAACGCUAGCGUCUUUUAUGGUCUAUUCAAUGAAUGUUGCUAUGGCGUUUGGAAUGUUGGCGGCUCUUUACGGUGACUUCAUGCAAGCUGUUGGAGCUUCCAUCCGCAUCUUUGAGCUUCUGGACCGGAAGCCAAUGAUACCUUGCUCUGGUGGAAACCGUCUGCCUUUUCUCGACGGCAGACUCGAGUUCCAGAAAGUCAGCUUUACAUACCCAACCAAGCAGGAGUCCCAGGUGCUAAAGGAAGUGACGUUUACAGUGUCACCGGGUAACAUGGUGGCACUGGUUGGCCCCUCAGGUGGAGGAAAGUCAACAAUAGUCAGUCUGAUAGAAAGGUUCUAUGAUCCUGACUCUGGAAGAAUUUUACUGGGAGGCUGUGAUCUGCAAACCCUGGAUCCACAAUGGUUCCGGCAAAAGAUCUCGGUGGUGAGUCAAGAGCCCACCUUGUUUGCAACGUCAAUAAAAGAAAAUAUCACUUAUGGUAGAGAGGCUAACAUGGAAGAGGUCAUUGAUGCUGCCAAGAAAGCAAAUGCUCAUGAUUUCAUCAUGUCCUUUGAGAAUGGAUACAACACAGUUGUGGGAGAGCGUGGAAUCAGACUAUCUGGAGGCCAAAAACAGAGGAUUGCCAUUGCCAGGGCUCUCAUUAUGGAUCCUGCAUUGCUCCUACUUGAUGAGGCUACAAGUGCCUUAGAUGCUGAAAGUGAGCACCUUGUGAAAGAGGCCAUUGAUCGGGUUAUGCAAGAGAGGACUGUUUUGGUAAUUGCGCACAGGCUCUCAACUGUAAGAAAUGCCUCCAAGGUGAUUGUUGUGGAGAAAGGAAGGAUAGUGGAGUGCGGGACCCAUAAAGAGCUGUUGGAGAAGGGAGGCAUUUACAAGAAACUAGUCCUCCGUCAACUGACUGCAGGCUCGGCGGACUUUGGAGGCGAUGACGGCAGUUUCAAUCUCAUAACCUCACAGAAUAAGAACUGGAAGAAUGCAAGUAUUGAUGUGGAAGACUGAAGAACUGGUUAAUAUUCAUCCGGAAACACUGGAGAGUUUGAACCAGCCUCGAUUAGCCAAAGAGGAAAGGCAAUGAGCCUGUGACACAAGCCCUAUUUACACCACAGCUGCAUCCGCCCUUGAACACUUGCAGCUAAUUUUGAUCAGCUAAACAUUACUGGAUGGUGCAGUUAUUUAUGCUAAACUUAAUUCAAACUUAAACAUUAGAAACUCACAAGUUUCCGCUCCAAUUUGUCUGAAUCACAUCAGUUACCCACCAGCAGGAUUCAUGUUAAAAGUCCUGCACGGAAAUAAUUUCUUGUUUUAUUUCAUCAUUACAGAGAAAAUUAUUUCUGUUCCAUACACUGUACUUCACAAAAUGAGCAGUUCCAGAUUACAUUCUCUAGUAAAAGGCAUUCUCCUGAUGCAAUAAAAUGGGAUUGAAGAAGGAAAUACAAAUCAUUCUAAUGGCAACAGGCUGGUGUGAAGAGCUUAAUGUAAAUAGGUGCUUAUUUUCUACUACAAAAAGACUGUGCAUGGCUCAUCAGAGAAGUAAGUGGCAUUCUGCGUAGGAUUUGAGUUGGGAUUGUGAAUACGUAAAAUUACCAUUGUUCCUGAAACCCAAGUGUGAUUUUUGAUGUGAACAGUGAAAUAACACUACGAUUAACUACCAUUAGUUACGGCACUGAAGAGGGACCUCAGUUAUAAAGUCAAUCUGAACUCGUGAAUGCGGGUUUAAAAAUUGCUUGAAAAAUGAUGGGUUAGAAAUAGGAAAAAAAACAGCAUUUGUAAUCUUAAGAAAACUGUCGGGAGUUAUGCCUAAAGAAAUAUUCAACGCAUGGCUUUCAUUUUCAUUGGCGUGUGUGUGUGUGCAUAUCGAGGCCUAAUCUCCAACAGUUUAUAAUAGUAAUAGGUAACUGGAGACAUUCCACUGUGAGUCAUUCCAGGAAGUAUAUUCCAAAUGGAGUUAGAUUGGACGUAUUAAGAGCGACAUAGCCCUGGUUACCAACUCCAGUUGUGAAUCGUCACAUAUUCAUUGUUUCAUCUGUUGAAUGAAAAACUAAUCGGGGGGGGGAAUAAAGAAAAGAGUUAGUAAAUCCCAAACCUGCUUUAAUCUAUUGCUUUUGGUUUUUCAUUGCAUUAUUUGUUUCUCAGUCCAUUGCAUAAAACUGAGAAAGACUGCAGAUAAAUUGUACUGCAUCACUCUGGAAAUGGUGCUCCAGUGAUGGGUAGAUCAUGCCAAAAUUAAGUCGUUUUAAUUGUAUCGUCUCUGUCAACACUUCAAUUGUCUCAACUAAGGUGCACUUUUUUUUAAUAUUGUGUUGGCCUGUUACCAUUAGUCUUGUGGCAAUAGGACCUGUACAAAUCAAAACAGAGCUCACCUUGACUGUCAGGCAUCGAACAAGAUUUUAGCUAUCAGAGGCUUAUUUUGUCUAUAUGUUUAAGAGAAUUUUUUAUAAAAAAAGUUAAAUGGUGAUUAUUGUGUGCAAUUGUCUUAAUGUGCACUUUAUCCAAUCAAAAGGGAAAUUGUAACGUUUGUUAAUUAAACUUUGGAAUGGUGUUGUAAGUUUUAUUUGAAAUUAAUAUAAAAGUAACCACAGAUUUGGAGUAGCAGCCAGACAGUUACUGAAUGUUUCAGUUUUGCACUAUUAAUCCAUGCCGUAAAUUACCUCAUCUGCCACAGAAUUUAGUUGCAAGUCAUUAGUUUGGUAGCAGUAGAAGUAAAGUUAAAGCUUUUCAGAAACUCGUGAAUUGUGCAAAAAGUAUGUUAAUUAAUCUGCCCUUGAGCAGGGCAGAAAUUACUUGGAUUUCCUAAUAGAUAUUACCAAUAGUAACACUGAAACUAAGUCUCAUUCUGACUGUGUACAUGCCAGUAGAGAAUCACCUUUUGUAAUUGAUCUUUUAUUGUCGCCUGUGUUCCCUUGACACACAUAUAUAUAUAUAAAAUGUAAGGUAUUUUAUUCCUCUUAUACUGUGCAUCUGAAUGUUUCUGUGGAAGCUUAGUUUUCAUACAUCCAGAUUAAAAUAAAACAUUUACCAAUCA